GGUGAAGAAUGAAGCCAGUAGCAGAGUUAGCUGAGCGCUGAUCACCGCCUUCCGCCGGCGGCGGUGCGGUAGAGGUCGCUGCUCGGCCAGUCCUACAGGCGGCGCUGUAGGAACAGCCGCGAGGCCGAGCAUGCGCCGUGCGUCCCAGGCAGGGGGCGGGGUCACACAAGCCCGGAAGUGGAGCAGCUCACGUGGGUGUCAGGAAGGAGGCGGUCUCGUUCGGCUACCUGGUUUUAGGCAAUCUUCCAGCUGAGAGUCUGGGUAGUUCGUUACUCUGUCUGAGGAGACGAGGUGUGUGCAGCCGUGGGGGUCCCCUUAACCCGUGUUCGGGGCCUGGGAGCAGGCCCCGUCUGGAGUGACGGCUCUUGAGGACGCAUCAGGGGGCAUCAACCAUGCCACUGCUGUCGGCCCUUGGGGGCGCGACCUGGCGUCUCUCCGGUCACCUCGCACGUCAUUUCUCCCAAACGGCGCGGCGUGGGGAGCGGCCGGGUGGAGAGGAGCUGAGCCGCCUGCGCCUGGAUGAUCUGGCGCCUACCGCGCUGUCCGCGGGGAGACUGGAACUUCUGUUUGGCCUGUCCCCGUGUCUCCUGGCGCUGCGGGCCGCCCGCCGCCGCGUGGCCCGGCUCCUGCUCCAGGCCGGCAAGUCCGGGGUGCAAGGAGAGCGGGCCGAGCUUCUUCGUGCGGCUGAAGUGCGGGGCAUUCCAGUUCUGCGGCCCAGACGGCAGAAGCUGGACGCCCUGUGCCGCCACCAGGUCCACCAGGGCGUCUGCAUGGAGGUGAGCCCGCUGCGGCCCCGGCCCUGGACUGAGGCAGGGGAGGCGAAGCCAGGAGAUGACCCCCAGCAGCUGUGGCUCAUCCUCGAGGGACUCCAGGAUCCCCGGAAUCUUGGGGCCGUGUUGCGCUCUGCUUACUUCCUCGGAGUGGAUAAGGUUAUCACCAGUCGGAGAAACAGCUGCCUGCUCACUCCGGUAGUCAGCAAGGCCAGCGCGGGGGCCAUGGAGGUGAUGGACGUGUUCUUCACCGAUCACCUGGCUGGUUUGUUACAGGCCAAAACCCAGCAGGGCUGGCUUGUGGCAGGCACAGUGGGCUGCCCCAGGCCUGAGAUUCCCGGGUCCUCUGAGAUCCCCAUCACUAGCUGCUUGGAGUUCCUCUGGGAUCAGCCUACUCUCCUAGUGCUGGGAAACGAGGGCUCUGGCCUGUCCCCGGAGGUGCAGGCCUCCUGUCAGCUCCUCCUUAGCAUCCUGCCCGGCAGGCAGCUGCCCCCUGGACUGGAGUCCUUGAACGUCUCCGUGGCUGCCGGAAUUCUUCUUCACUCCAUUUGCAGCCAGAGGAAGGGUUUCCCUGAAGAGAAGAAGAGAGGGCAACAUCUCUAAGACCCCUGAGAAUGCUCAGCCACGGCUGAAGGGCCCAGGUUGCCUCAGCACCCAGGACUGUCCUCGGGAUCAGAAAAAGAGAGGCAAGAUGGGGGCUGAGCUGGACCGUUCAGGAUGUGUGUGCUGGAGGACAGGGGACAGGCUGCCCAUACAUCCACGUGCUCAGAUGUGCCAGACUCCCCUGCCUGGGUGUGCACCCAGGCUCCGAUUACUAAUCACUGUCUUGGGAAGCAGGGAGUUUUGAGAUGGAGACCAGAGGAAGUUCACUUUCCUGUUUUGAGUUUGGACUUGUAGUUGGAGGCAGUAAUUUCUAGGAUGUGCUACUUCAGAGGGUCUGAGUCUAAACAUCAUAAGGGAACUCGGCAGCCCAGCCCAGGUAUCCUGUUCCUCUUGAGCCAGUGUGAGAAUAUGGAGGGAGGCCCGGGGCUCUUUGUGGGCCAGACAGGUGCAAAUCCAGUUUAAACUUGCCCCACUUUGGGGCCUUUUUUUGAUUUGAUUACGAGGCUUCAUCUUUUUUUCCUUUAUUGAUUUUAGAGAGAGAGGAAGAGAGAAGUAGAGAGAGAUAGAAACAUCAA